AUGGCCUCAUCAACUCCAGCUCCUCAGAGGCAAAUCCUCCUCAUCGGCCUCGGCGAACUCGGCCAUACCCUGCACACCCAGAUCCUUAUCCUUCUCGCAACCCAUAUCACACUUGGCCUCCGCUCACCCUCAGAACACACCUAUCUCGCCUCACCGACGACCUCGCUCCUCGAAUUCAAUGUCACUCCCCCCUCAGCCACACUUAUACCCUCCUUAGUCGGUUCGAUAUCGUCAUCUCCGCAACUGGCUAUGGCAAGUCCGAAAAGAGGCUGCCCAAGCUCGCUCGCGAUGUCCUCACCGCCGGCAAAAUACGCAAAACGCAGGACAAGGGCAGGAUUUGGUUCUUUCCUCGGCAGUGGGACUAUGACUUUGACGUGA